AUGAGCCUGACUCUAAAUCAGGACACACCUUCUACCGCUGAUGUCCAGCGCAAAACUCAAGAUAGAUUUGGUGUACGGCCAUGCCUAUGGCAAGUUAAAGUUGCCCAGGCCCUACUUCAAGGCGACAAAGACAUGCUGUGCACUGCAGGAACUGGGAUGGGACAGACCCUUUGCUUCUGGAUACCCCUGCUCUUCAGAAUAGAUGGUAUUCAGCUCGUCAUCACCCCCUUGAACUUACUCGGCAAGCAAAAUGCCGAUUCUUUGGGCAUCGCUGGAAUACCGGCCAUAGCUAUCAAUGCUGAGACCGCAACCACUACAAAUUUCUUGGCUAUCAAAGCGUUCAAAUACCGUGCAAUAGCGGUCAGUCCAGAGCAAAUCAUGAAACCAAAUGGCAAAUUUGAGCAGCUACUCAAAAACCUGCUCUUCACCUCGCAUAUCGUCAGUAUAGUCGUCGAUGAAGCCCACUGCAUCACUGAAUGGGGAGAAUUCCGUCCGGAAUACAAGGAGUUGGGUCGCCUGCGCUACAUCCUGCCGUCAACAAUACCCAUCAUGAUCACAUCUGCCACACUCACCCAAGGUUCACUAACUAACGCCAUGCGACUUCUCCACAUGCACGCUGACAAAAUGUCUGUCAUACGCCGCUCUAGUGAUCGUGCAAAUAUCAAGAUUGGUGUGAGGAAAAUCAAGUACUCACUUACUAGCUAUGCCGACCUUGCUUUCCUCAUCCUUCCUGGCUGGAAUGUUGGCGACGCCCCGCCACCUAAAUUCAUGAUUUUUUUCGACAACAUUCAGGACGCUAUCAAUGCCACUCGGUACCUACGCAGUCAGUUACCACCUGCAAUGCGGCACAAAAUCAAAUGGUUCAAUUCAGAUAUGACGUCCAAAUACAAGGAAUCAGAACUUACCAACCUCAUUUCAGGUGACUGUUGGGGAUUCUGCACAAUGGACUCGUUUGGGAUGGGGAUGGACGUACCUGACAUUCAGCUUGUGUUACAAUGGCGUGCAACAUGCAAGCUCUCAGUCCUCUGGCAGCGGUUUGGGCGUGCAGUCCGUGACAGGAAUCUUCAGGGCACCGCUAUAUUAUUUGCCGAAAAAGAUUUUUUUGAUGACGAGUGUGACGCAAAGGCUGCUAGAAAGAAAGCCUGUGAACAAGCCUUGAAUCGGAAGAGAAAAGGAGACCACCCACCAAACCCAAUGCCGAAGCGACAUGCAAUGGCAAACACUUCAAAUCCUAGGAUGCCCUCACAAUUGCCCGUUGUUCCAGUGCGUGAGAGAGUUGAUGAUGGGAGUGAUAUGUCAGGGGAUGACGAGGAUGAGACACGCAUAGAAAAUGCUGGGCUGGAUGACCUGAGAUACAAGGCUGCAGGUGAAAUACAAACACAAAAGCAAAGCAAAGCAAAGCGGAAUCUGGACUUUGGGAUGGAUUACUUGAUCAAUGCUGAGAAGCGCGCCGGUCUGAACUGCCGAAGGAAGGUAUUCAAUGUUUGCUUCGACAACAAUGACAUAGUUGGUGAGAAAAUCUAG